AUGAAGAACCCCACGCUCCCGCGUUUCACACUCGCCGCCGGCAUCGGUAUGACGCUGUGCUUCCUGCUCUACGCCAUGACCUCCUUCUUCGGCUACAUGGACUUCGGCAAGGAUGUGGACGGCUCCAUCCUGCUCAUGUACCGCCCACUCGACGAGCCCGAGGUGUUGGUGGCGUACAUUGGUGUGCUCUCCAAGCUGUGCGCCUCCUACGCCUUGCUCUUCAUGGCCUGCCGCAAUGCCAUCUAUCACGGCCUCGGGUGGGACGUGGACAAGAUACCCUACUGGAAGCACAUCCUUGCCGUGACCUUUCUUUCGGUCCUCAUGCUGAUCUUCGGCCUGUUCAUCCCGAAAAUUCAAAUUGUGCUUGGCUUUGCGGGCUCCAUCACCGGCGGAUCCCUUGGCUUUCUGCUCCCGGCGUUGUUUGUCAUGUACUCGGGUGAGUGGACGUGGAAGAACGUGGGCACCUUCAACUACGUCUGCACGUACGUGAUGCUGAUUGCAGGGGUGGUUGGAAUUGUCUUUGGCACGGGCGCCACCAUCCACGCCACCAUCGUGGGAUAG